GAGAGAGAAAGGAGAUUCCUCUCUGAGAUAAUAAACAUGGUUUCUUUCUACAUCAAAUCCAUGGUUUUUCUUAUAUAUCACUCACCAGAUCAAGCCUCAAAGAGAUUCAUCAUUCUAUCAGCACAAGAUUCACAACCAGUUUUGGAGUUCCUACACUUGAAUGUUGAAGUCGCCAAUUUCAUUGUCAACCAUAUAUAACUCUUUCUCUGAGGGUAGAAUAACAGCACAUUGAGAAUGAAGAAGAAGAAGAAUCAUGGCGAGAAGAAGAACGAUGGUGUGGAGAAGAAGCCACGUGGAAGGUUCGUGAAGGAGGAGGAGGAAGAGGAAGGUGGUGGGGAAAUGAUCAGGUGUUCGGGUAAGCAUUGUGAGUCAAGCUGCGGCGGAUAUAUAGCUGAUUGUGUUGCAGUGUGUUGCUGUCCCUGUGCUGUGCUGCAUUGCUGUGUUCUUGCUCUUGUCAAAGGGCCUUUUCUUGUGGGGAGAAAGUGUUUGAGGUUGGGAAAGAAGAAGGGCAAGAAGAAGAACAAGAACAAGAAAAAGGGACAUGAAUAUGAUGAUGAUGAUGAUGAUGAAGAAAAAGUGAAGGAGAAUGUUUCUGGUUCUGAUGUUGUUUUGGAAAUGGAUAGUGUCACUGUCAAUGCUGGUUUUGAUGCAGAGAAAGUUUGGAGGGAGCUUUAUCAGAUUGGCCAUUUGGAUUUUGGGAGGGUUUCUUCCUCACAUGAUGAUUAGUAUUCAUUACCAUUCACUCAAUCAUGGAAAAGAUUGCUCUUGUUCGUCAUCUGGUAAAUUUGAUCAGUUUUAGGAUUCAACAAAAUUUUCAUCUUUAUAUAUAUAUAUAUAUAUAUAU